CAUCGCGGUCGCCAGUAUCUGUCGGUGGGCCCUAAUAACAUCAUUCAACGAUUAUGAAACCAGCAGCACCACAGGAGAAGUUAUAGGUUUUAGUGUUACGUUUUUUUUUUUUGAAAAUUAGAUGAAAUGUUUCGAAAAGUAGUGAAAUUUGCGGUCCCCAGCGCGGGAACCCUAUCGGCCGGCCUGUUCCCAUUUGGCAGCAUCAACGAAAAUGACCGCGUCGAGCACGCACCGAUGCAGCAGAUGCUCGCCGAAGCCCCGGGCGAUAAACAGACCGGCAAGGAUAGACUGUAUCUGAUGUUCAGCAUCGACGGAUUCGGUCGAAUUUCCAACGAAGUCAACUCAAUCUACCAGGCUGGAUUUUUGGGCUUUCUCGUGGGGGCUUGCUACGGUGGAUUCAUCAACUCCCGGGUGGCCUACGUAAACUUCAUGGAAAGGAACCAGGCUACGGCGUUCAAGUCCAGUUUUGAAGCUAAGCGUAAACUUCAAGAUCAGGUGACUGUCACCUUCGCCAAGGGAGCAUUCAAAUGGGGCUGGCGAUUAGCACUGUUCACCACCAGUUACAUAGGCAUCCAAACCGUCAUAUCGGUGUACCGCGGCAAAUCAUCCAUCUAUGAGUACCUGGCAGCGGGCGGAACAACCGGUGCCCUGUACAAGUUCAGCAUGGGUCCGAAGGGGAUGGUCAGCGGAGGACUGGUGGGUAUGACUUUAGGCGGCAUUGCUGGAUUGGCGUCUCUGGCCAUACUGAAAGCGAGUGGAACCACCAUGGAGGAAGUUCGCUUCUGGCAGUACAAAUGGAGGGCCAGUCGUGACGAGGCCAUCAACGAAAGUUUCAAAAAGCAAACCCCUGCGGAAGCCGAUCGGCUGAUGGAGGGACAUCAUGAAAAAUUCGGAACGACGAAUCUGUCGCUGGAUAACAUUGCGGCAAGCGAAAAGAAGGAAGCUAGUGCGGUAAUUCAGACGCAGACGGCACCGACUACUACAGAGAAUGUGGGGAAACAGUAAAACGCUUUAAGGUAAUGUAA